AUGGGCGUGCCGCUGGCCGCCAUUGCCGAUGCCCUCCACGCGCUACCCGAAGGCCGCACGCCCACCGUGGCCGACUGGCGCCGUUUGUCCGCGCGCUGGCGCGAUGACCUGGAGGAACGCAUCCGCACACUGACCGUGCUGCGCGAUCAGCUCGAUGGCUGCAUCGGAUGCGGCUGUCUUUCGCUCAAGGUGUGCCCGCUGCGCAAUCCGCAGGAUGUGCUGGCGCAACAGGGGCCGGGGCCGCACUUCUGA